UUCCCCUCCAAAGUCCCUCUUAUCAUUCUUUCAUCCCUCCCCACAAUUAAUCUGCCAUUUCUUUCCCUGAAUUAAUUCAGAGGGACCAAGAAAUCAAACAGUUUGGGGGAGGGAUACAUCUUCAUCAAGAUAUAUAUUAAUUAGAUCCCUUUGGAGAUGCAAACAUGUCCUGUUUGCUGUUUCCUUCCACGGGUGUCCCAAUUCUUGCAUACAUUAGCCAUGCAUUAUAAUUAAUCGUAGGCACACCCGACCCAAACCCAUAUAUAUAUAUAUAUAUGGAAUCCCAUCACCAUGCAGAAGAAGACGAGGAGCAAAGCGAGGAUUAUCUUUUCAAGGUAGUGAUGAUCGGCGACGCAGCUGUGGGGAAAUCAAACUUGCUGUCCAGAUUCGCGCGCAACGAGUUCUAUCCCAGCUCGAAAUCCACCAUUGGAGUCGAAUUUCAGACACAUAAAAUGGACAUUUCCGGGAAGGAAGUGAAGGCCCAGAUUUGGGACACCGCCGGGCAGGAGCGCUUCCGAGCAGUCACUUCCACCUACUACAGAGGCGCCGUCGGGGCACUCCUCGUCUACGACAUCACCCGCCGCCUUACCUUCGAAAGCGUCGGAAGAUGGCUCAAUGAACUCCAAGCUCAUUCGGACAUGAACGUGGUGACGAUACUGGUCGGGAACAAGUCGGACCUGAAAGACAAUCGGGAGGUGAGCACGGGGGAAGGGAAGAGUAUGGCGGAGGAGAAGGGGUUGUUCUUCAUGGAGACGUCGGCGCUGAGCUCUGCGAACGUGUCGGCGGCGUUCGAGACGGUGGUGAAGGAGAUCUACAGCAUAUUGAUCAGUAGGAGAUCAGUGAUGCAACAGCAGCAGCAGCAGCCUUCUUCAGUGGAUCAUCAUGAUCAGGAUGAAGAACAGCUCAGGAGUUCCAGCUGGAGCUCCAAGGGUAAGAGUAAGACCGUCGUCUUGCGGCCAGUCGACGAUGAUCAACAGCAAGAACAACCGCCGCCGACCAAGAAAUCCGGCUGCUGCGUGUCGUGAUCCAUAAUUACAAAUAAUUUUCGAACAUGUAAAGUUGGCGACGUGAUACAUACAUAUAUAUGUAUAGUAUAUAACUAGAAAGGGCAUUAUGCACGUGUUAUUACAUUCGCCGAAUGAACUCAUGUUAUCGGAAGAAUAUGGUGUCUUCUUCUUCCUUUC